CGGCCCCGACUCACCACACUAUAUAGUGCACGCUACGAUAUAUCCACAUGCGUGCAUCGAUGAGUCGGGGUACCCGUCCCAAAGCCCCUGUCUCAUUCCCUUCCUUCGUAGACUGACUGCAGCAAUGUGUUGAUAUCACAAGAAGGCGAGGCUGCUGCUGCAAGACUGAGCGCGUGGCUGGCUAGCUGGUGCUCCUCUCUCUCUCUCUCUCUGCUCUCUCCCCCCUCUCUCUCUCUGCGAUUGGGAGCCAUGUACCUACGCACAGGCAGAAUGCGCAUAGACACAUCGCUUCGGCAAGCCGCGAGAGAGAGGGAGAGAGAGGGAGAGAGAUGGGGCGGGGGUUGGGCAAGCAUGGCUGUGGACUAGCUGCUUCAUACUGCACGCAAUCAAAUACACUUCCCAGCCCCAAGGCAAGGCAGCACGUCGCACAUCAUCAUGCAUCAAUGACACAAAUAGCACCGGACCUAAGGCAUCAUCUACUCUACGGCACUCUGCUCUUCUGCUGCUGCUAUGGUGUGUGCAUGAUGGACCGCAAAAUUUGGCUCUGCCCCUCCCUCUUUCCCUUGCCCUCCCCUCAAAGGCCAGUGAAAGAGUGAGUGACUGAUUCUUGCCUCCUUAUGGGUAUCCUCCUCCUCCAUAGGGACGCCGGCCGUGCGGCUCGCCGCGAUUGACGGAGCCGUGGCGGCUCUCCACCUCACAGUCACCAUACCCACCGUACCCCCCGUCGAUCCCCUCCCCCUGUCCACCCAUCAGGCGACGGGCACGAUCGGUGUUGCGAUAGACGUGCUGGUGGUAGUGGUUGUGGCUGUGGAAGUGCUCGGAUGGACGGUCCUGCGCCAACCUCGCGCGAAGCUCCGCAUUCUGCACGCACACACAAAUCCAAGAGGACAUGUGAGUGAGGAGAGGAGAGCAGGUGGAUUGUGUGCCCUCUGCCUGACGUACCUCCUGCAUCAGUUGGUGCAUGCGCAUGCUCGUCUCUGUCGGAGGGACGACACUAAUGUGGAUGUUGGCGUUGUUGUUGUUGCCCCCAUCCUGGCCUCGCUGCUGUCCCCCUCGCCCGCCAGGGUUUCCCCCCACAUACCGAUCAGCAGCCAGGCCCUGCUCAAUCGCCCCCCGUGCUCGGUCGUCACGCUGCAUGUCACGAUGUCGGUCGGCCUCCAUGAGGUAGCGAUUGUCUCGGCGGUCGUUGCCUGCAUUGAUGCCGGGCACACGGCGCGGCAGGCGGGGCGGUGUUGGCGAACGGUGGCUGGAGAGCGAUGGGCUGCGGGGACGGUGUUGCUGCGGCAGACGGCCUCUCACGGGUGAAAGGGGACGGCUGCUGCCAGAGUAGCGGCCCUCACGGCCACGCGGCAUCGGUGGAUGGGCCAGAUCAUCCAUCCGGCCAUGCCUACCGGCACCACGAGACGACUCACGAGACAAGGACGAGGCCGCGAGGUCGUGUCUGCGGAGGCCGGGUGUGUGACGAGGGGGGAAUGCGAUGCGGUCAAGAUGGCCGGUGUUGCGGUACGUGCGGUCGCCUCGAUUGUCAUCAUAAUCACGCCCACGGUGGUCGUGCUCGCGGCGCUCCGGCCCCUCCAGCUGUCUCAGGCCGUCCCCCCGGCCCCCUCCCAUCCUGUACCCCCGCCUCUCAUGUCGCUCUUGUCUGCGGAGGGGUAGGGGCGACUCGUCCUGACGGUCCACAUGCAACUGGCCGCGCGUGCUCGGGCGCAUGGCUGCGCGGCUGACAGACGGGCCGUCGAGAGAGGUGGGCCAAUCUGAGGGAGAGAUGGCCGGCUGGUGGCCCCCCAAUCGCCCAUCACCGUCACGGUCGCGGGCGACGCCAAUAUCAUGGUCCAGACGGGUGUCCGCAAAGGUGUUGGCCGCAGGCCGGCUGGCGCUGAGACGCGGUGGUGCGGGAGUCCUUGCUGGCGUGACUUGGGCAAGAGAGGGACUGGGCUCCUCCACUGGCUGCGGGGCCACAGAGAGAGAGCCUGGUUGACGAUCGUGGGCAGCGGGGCUCUCAGGCACCGACACGAGCGAGAUGGGGGACGGCGGAUGAGGUUGGUUUCGGCUCUCCUGCGACGGGGGCGGUGCGACAGACGGCGGCUGCUGGAUGGACCGCUGUGAUGUCAUCGACGGCAAGACACUCUGCCAUGCCUGCUCGAACUCGGGGGUACCAACCACACCAGAUCGCGGGGCAGCUGGCGCUGGUGACGAACCGCCCAACCCGUUGCCGUUGCUGCCAGCAAUGAGGGACUGCCAGAGAUCCUCAUCCUGGAAUUGUGGGGCUGCUGAUGACGCCUGAGACACCGUGCGGGUGGGCUGGGAGGGGGGCUGACCCUGAGCAGAGGGCAGGCCACCAACCGAUCUGCCCAGAUGAGUGCGGACAGCCUGCUGCAGCACGCUCGUGUUGGGGCGUCGGGCUACUCGGGUGCUGACGGCGUCUCCGUCGACAGUGGGGCGAUGCUGCACCUGGGCAUGGGCAGCAGCACCAGCAGCAGCAGAUACUUGUCGGGCCACAGGUGAUGGGUUGGCCCUCUGCAGCGACGCAAAAGGCGUGUGCUGCGGCCCCGGCUGUUGCUUGGGGGCUGGGACCACCGAAGGACGUCCAGCCGGUGCAGCAGAUGAGGUGCUCGGCCGCGGACCGCUGGGGCGCUGCUGCUGCUGCUGCUGCUGGUGGCCUCGCUGGUGAGUGUUGGGGACACGUGGCUGUGGCUGUGGCCGUGGGUCGGGAGGGCCGAGUGGCUUCAGCCUCCGGAUGGGCGUGGUAAGCUGGCCGGGCGACAGUUGGCUGGUGGCUGUGGUGAUCAUGUGAUGGAGCCGGGAGACCUCGAGUGAAUCGUAGUGGCAGCCAAACAGGGGCAGGGAGGCGUCGGAGGUAUCUGACAGACACACACGACCAACCAGCCAACAAUGAGACACGAGGGUAGUGGAGCCGCAACGAUCGGCCUGGCUCGUGCUCAUGGUUCACCUGAUAUGACGUCUGGAGGCGUGACGGUGUCGUCCAUGAGUGCGUUCGACAACUGAGGCCGCUUGGCGUGGGGGUAGCUUCUGAGAGAAGACGGUGAGGUGAGACAGACCAGAUAGUGCUGCGUGUGCUGGUUGGUCGCUGUGUGUGUGGAUGUGUACGCACCUGUAGAAGUGGAUGUAGCGGUCCUGCAGCUGCAGAAGCUCGGCACCAAAGAUGGCUGCACCGAGCCAUCCAUUCAUCCAUCCAUCCAGACGUCGAUGACUCCAUGCUUGUCUUUGCUCACUCACCCCAGGGGAAGCUCAGAAACGACUCAAAUGCUACGUUGCCACCCGACAUGCGACACGAACUGCACACACACACACGGUGCAGCCAACAAGCCAGCCGGUCACCAGUGCAGUCUUGCGCCUUACCGAUACUGCUCGUAUGCGGCGAUGUACGCGGCGGAUGCGAGCGCCACCUGUUGCUGCUGAUCGACGCCGCCAUCUGCAGCCGAUGGCACGAUGCGCAGCAGGUUGGCACUCGUCAACUCGAUCAACUUGCGCACUUCAAACGUCAUCUGACAUCCAGAGAUGAGAGGGCGUGUGGUUGUGUGUGGGUGCGGUGCUUUCUGUGUGUGGGAUGUGGGUACCCUUGAGGCGACGUCUUUGUCCUUCCGGCUUCGCUGUCGGUCCCUGUCGGUGGCGCGUACGAUGCCCGUCAGCAGCUCUGACUCAUCCGUCACACCAUACUGAGUCCGCAACGUCUUCAACUGGACCAUCACAUACACACACAUGCAAAGAGAGACGGUGCAUGGCAUGAGACCCCACUGCCCUCAGCCAGUCCGUCCGUCUGCCUUUGUGCGUGCGCCACCCACCGAGUUGAUCCAUUUCGUGUUCUCCUCCGCCAUCUGGCGGACAUAGCGUCCCGCAUCGCGGUGCAGGAACUUGGGUUCCAACACCCCCAGAGGGACGGGCUGGUCAGCCUGCCAGCGCCACAGCUUGGCCUCCUCGUCGUCCUCGCCGUCGCAGACCUCCUCAGACGCACUGCUGCCGCAUGAACCGCCCCCACUGUCAAAGAACACGUCGCGAAGCACCAUUCGACCACCGAGCGGCUGCAU